GAUAUUACUGUUGAAGGGAUUCAAGUGAAACAAAAAGUUAGAACUACGAAUUCAGCGUAGACGACAGGUCACCACAGCUUUCCAAUUCACUGGAAAAAGUUGGGACUCGAGACACAAACAAAACGGAAGACGAAACAAGACUACAACUCUCCCAACACUGCGAAAUUGCUUCGACUACCAAACACAACCACCUCUCUCUCUCUCUCUCUCUCUCUCUCUCUCUCUCUCUCUCUGCAAAUCGGAGUCGAGAUUCGAACACAGCAUCCGUGCGAUGCCUUCCCGAAGAAGAACGCUUCUGAAAGUCAUAAUCCUCGGCGACAGCGGGGUAGGGAAGACUUCUUUAAUGAAUCAAUAUGUGAAUAAAAAGUUCAGCAACCAGUACAAAGCAACUAUUGGAGCUGAUUUUUUGACAAAGGAAGUACAAUUCGAAGAUAGGCUCUUCACUUUACAGAUCUGGGAUACAGCUGGUCAGGAAAGGUUUCAAAGCCUAGGUGUUGCUUUCUACCGUGGUGCUGAUUGCUGUGUUCUUGUUUAUGAUGUUAAUGCGAUGAAGUCAUUUGACAAUCUAAACAAUUGGAGGGAAGAGUUUCUUAUUCAGGCAAGUCCUUCAGAUCCAGAAAAUUUUCCCUUUGUUGUUCUAGGAAACAAGGUUGAUGUGGAUGGGGGAAACAGCAGAGUGGUUUCAGAGAAAAAAGCUCGGGCUUGGUGCGCUUCAAAGGGAAAUAUUCCAUACUUUGAAACAUCUGCCAAGGAGGGUAUCAAUGUGGAAGAAGCUUUCCAGUGCAUAGCAAAGAAUGCUCUCAAGAGUGGGGAGGAGGAAGAGAUAUACCUGCCAGACACCAUUGACGUUGGAAGCAGCAGCCAACAGACGUCGAGUGGAUGCGCGUGCUGAAUACAACUCCUCCAUAGCUUUUCAGAGCAAUAAGAUGUUCAAACGUACUCCAAAAAGUCUUUUCCUGCAUUUGUAUUUGUUUGUAUUGUGGCUGAGACUACUGUACAUUAGUGUGUGGAAAACGAACUGGUUAUUCAUUGAUGUAGGACCCCCCGUUACAAUGUUUGGAUUAUAGCUGACUAUUGAAUUCAUGAUUUUUUUUUUCAAAAAAAGAAA